AUGACAAAUAAUUAUGAAGAAAUUAAUUAUGAUGAUGAUGAUGAAUUAGAUGAAACAAGUAAUAAUUAUUUUCACCACAAGAAGGAUAAUAAUAAUAAUGAUUAUCACAAGGGCAAGAGGAUUAAAAAUAAGAAAUAUCUUCACCAUCACUAUUGUAGCAGUAGUAAUAGUAAUAGUAACAAUAGUAAAACUGAUUUAAUUGAAUUAAGUGUUCUUAAUGAAAAAUAUCACUCUGAUCAUUUGGUAAUUCCCAUUAAACCUCUAUCUCACGCUAAAAUUGCUUGGGAAGAAGGAAAUGAUGGUGAAGGAAAAGUAGGAAAAACCACUCAUUGGAAAUUUUGGUUGAUCGUUUUAUUUCUUACAUUAAAAUUAAUAGAUGAGAUAUAUUGA